AGCAUAGCACUGAGGCGGGGGGUUUGGUACCUGCUUGCAAAUCGAUAGCGUCUGCAGACAGGAAUACGAUUCUUACAUCACUGCUUCUCAUUGCAGGAGCAGCUUAGCAUGUAGCAGCCGUCCAGCAGCGUGGAUUACUAAGAGAUCAUUGGUUUCUGCACACCUCUCUAGUUUAAUGGAACCGGCAAGGAUUUGGAGCUGAUCAUCAUCUUCUACUUCUUCUUUCUUUAUUUUCUUUUUUUUCUCUCUUUUUAAAGCUGUUUCUUGAAUUUUUCUGUAUCUUCUGGAGGGGGGGUGAUUAUUAUAUUUUUUUGGGGUGGUGGUGGUCGAGAAGGCUUUGGGAGACGCGAUGCUGGGCUUGGACGUGUGCGAGUUUGGGGGGCAGCUGCUGGAGUUAAUGUGGCUGACCGUGUGCUACCGAGGCAUCAUGGCAGAUAAAGAAGCAGAGAAACCUAUCGGGGAGGAAGAGGAGACUGACCUCAACUACCAGCCUCCUGCCCAGAAGUCUCUGCAGGAGAUCCAGGAGCUGGACAAGGAGGACGAGAGUUUGAACAAGUACAAGCAGGCUCUGCUGGGGGCUGGGCCCGUCAUCGCAGAUCCCUCCGUGCCCAAUGUUCAAGUCACGAGGCUAACGCUGGUGUGCGACAAGGCUCCUGCGCCCAUCACAAUGGACCUGACAGGUGAUCUGGAAGCCCUGAAGAAGCAGAAUUUCGUGCUGAUGGAAGGAGUCGACUACAAAGUUAAAAUCCAUUUUAAGGUGAACAAGGAGAUUGUCUCUGGCUUGAAGUAUGUGCAUCAUACCUACAGGAAAGGUAUUCGAGUGGACAAGGCGGUCUACAUGGUGGGCAGCUAUGGGCCGCGCGUCGAGGAGCAUGAGUUCAUGACCCCCGUGGAGGAGGCGCCCAAAGGCAUGCUGGUCCGCGGAGGCUACCACAUCAAGUCCUACUUCACUGACGAUGACAAGACCGACCACCUCUCCUGGGAGUGGAACCUCAACAUAAAGAAAGAGUGGACCGAUUAGAGAGACCAGGGGG